AUGUCAACAUUGCUACAUGUACCGUAUCUCAUUUUCUCAGCAUAUUUGUUGAUUCAAUUAAGUUCAAGCCAUGCAUACCCAUGUCGUUCAUAUUGUGGUAACAUAACCAUAGAUUACCCGUUUGCACUCGAAUACGGGUGCGGGCACCCGGGUUUCCGUGACCUUCUCUUCUGCAUGAAUGAUGUUCUCAUGUUACGCAUAAGCUCUGGAUCCUAUAGGGUGCUAGAAAUAGACUAUGCAUUUCAAGCACUCACACUUCACGAGCCACACAUGUCAACAUGUGACACAAUCGUCCUCGGAAGCCGCGGCAACGGUUUCGCGGUGGAGCCGUGGCGGGCCCCAUACAUGAACCCGGCGGCGGACAACGUGUUCAUGCUCUUAGGUUGUUCGGUUGAGUCACCAUUGUUCCAAGGUUUCCCAGGAAAGAACUUGCCAUGUCGAAACGUUUCGGGCAUGGGAUGCGAAGAGUAUUACGGGUGCCCGGCUUGGGCUGAAGUGUUGGGCCAUAAAAGGGUGGGCUCGUCGUUUUUUGGGUCAGGCCCACCAGAAUGUUGUGCUUUGCCUUAUGAGGCUAUUAAGUCCAUUAACCUUUCAAAGCUUGAGUGUCAAGGGUAUAGCAGUGCUUAUAGUUUGGCACCUCUGAAGGUUGAUGGGCCAAGUGCGUGGUCUUAUGGGAUCCGUGUGAGCUAUUCGGUGCAAGGGAAUGACGAGUUCUGUGGAGCGUGUGAGGCAACGGGUGGCACGUGUGGAUUUGGUUCGGAUGGCAUUAGACAGGUUUGCAUGUGUGGGAACUCCAAUUCAACGUUGAAUUGUGAUUCAGCUACUUUGUCGUCAGGAACAAGGCCUAUGGUGGUGAAAAUGUUUGCAGGUACUUACUUGGUUAUUUCAUUGAUUGAUUGGUUGAGUAGUACUUGUCAGGAUUAUUGA